GCUCAUCUGUCAGCCAGCUCCGGGCCAGGCCCUUCCCCGGCCUGCGAGGACCAAGGCGGCUCCAGUUUGGCCUCCGAGCCCAGCGUCUCAGCCAAGGUGGCCGGCUUGCAGACAUGGCUGCCGUCCUGGAAGCUAAUAUCGACUUUGCCCUGAACCUCCUGAAGAAGCUGGGGGAGGACAGCUCCAGCAAUGUGUUCUUCUCCCCCCUGAGCAUCUCCUCUGCCCUGGCUAUGGUCUACCUGGGGGCCCGGGGCACCACCGCAGAGCAGAUGUCUCAGGCCCUCAGCUUCCACCGGGUCAGCGGCGACGUCCACCAGGGCUUCCAGGACAUCAUGGGCGCUGUGAACAAGACGGAUAGCAAGUACCAGCUCAAAAUGGCCAACCGCCUCUUUGGGGCCAAGACCUACGAGUUCCUGCCCUCUUUCAAGGACUCCAGCCUCAAAUUUUAUCACGCCGAGAUGGAGGAGCUGGAUUUUGCUCAGGCCGCCGAACAGUCCCGGAAUCACAUCAACUCCUGGGUUGCCCAGAAGACAGAAGGUAAGAUUACUGAGCUCCUGAAGCCUGGUACGAUUAGCUCUGAUACAGCGCUGGUUUUGGCCAAUGCCAUCUACUUCAAAGGAAACUGGGAGAGGCAGUUUAAGAAGGAGCAUACAAAGGAAAGACCCUUCAAAGUCAACAAGAAUGACAGCAAGCCGGUGCAGAUGAUGUACCAGUCAGGCACCUUUAAAAUGACCUACAUUGGAGAGAUCUUCACCCAGAUCCUGGUGCUGCCCUAUGUAGGGGAAGAGCUGAACAUGAUCAUCAUGCUCCCGGACGAGGACAGGGACCUGAAGACGGUGGAGAGUGCACUCACCUACGAGAAGUUCAAGGAGUGGACUCAGAUGGACAUGAUGGAUGAUGAGAAGGUGGAGGUGCUGCUCCCCAGGUUUAAGCUGGAGGAAAACUACGACCUGGAGGACGUCCUGGAGAAGCUGGGCAUGACCUCGGCUUUUGACCAGGCCACAGCCGACUUCUCGGGCAUGUCGUCCAAGCGGGACCUGUGCCUGUCCAAGGUGGUGCACAAGGCCUUCGUGGAGGUGAACGAGGAGGGCACCGAGGCGGCAGCAGCCACUGGAGCUAUAAUGAUGCUUCGCUGUGCCAGGAUCACACCCCGCUUCUGCGCAGACCACCCCUUCCUCUUCUUCAUCCAGGACAGCAAGACAAAAAGCAUCCUAUUCUCUGGCCGUUUCUCUUCUCCCUGAGGGGACCCCUAGGCCCCCAAAUUUUGGGCAGGCCAGCCCUGCCUGCUCCCCUCCAAGGCCGGCUGUGCCCCUCCCUAGUGGACUUUGGGUCACCUCCCCAAAAUAAAGUGCCUUGUUUUGAACAAC